AUGCCUGCGAGUAGAAAAGCUCAAAUAUCACAGUCACCGCAAAAGAAAGACGUGUCUUAUUUGUCACCAGCUUUGGUCAUUAUGGGAGAGCGAUGUCACGAAGCCGAGAAGACGACUACAAAAGCUCCAACAAGUACGGUGGCAUUACACCCAUCGACGUCGUCAUUGCCAUCUUCAGCGAGUACAGCUCCAACACGCACAGCGACCGUGGCAACACCGACAAAAGUGGUGCCAGUAUCAACAACAUCAGUACUGACAUCGCUAGUCACAACCCCCGUGAAUGCCACUACACUACAUUCUCUAUCGACAACGGCACCGACAACGUCACCCGCAACAGCACUAGCGAGCACUGCUACAGCACAGGCCUUGACAACAACAGCAUCCAUCUCAACAGCUACGUUGACGACUUCGACGGCUGCAGUUCUCACAAACAGCUCUACUGCAGCGACUGUGAUAACUGAGCAGCCUGCUUCGACUCCGAUCAGCGAAUUUCCGACGAGUCCCAGUACAGUACCGUACUGCAGUGGUUUCGGCAUCUACAGAACCCCCUUCGGUUACCACAUUAACGACAUCGACGUCGGCAUCCCAACAAACCCCACUAGAACAGAAACCCCGACAAUUACACCGCUCCCUCCGACAAGCACACCACCAUCCAGUACGGCAUCGGCUUCGACAACUACAGAACAUAUUUCAACGUCUACGACUACUACAUUAACGACACCGACGUCGGCAUCCCAACAAACCCCACUAGAACAGAAACCCCGACAAUUACACCGCUCCUCCGACAAGCACACCACCAUCCAGUACGGCAUCGGCUUCGACAACUACAGAACAUAUUUCAACGUCUACGUCUGCGACCACUUACAUACGAUAGCCGACGGUCGCAUCCCCAACAAUACCCCAACGUACAACAGAUACCUCCCGACCAUUUACUCCGCUCCUUCGCAAGCACACCUACCAUCCAGUACGGCAUCGGUUUCGACAACUGCAACUGCAAAACAUACUUCUACGUCUGCGACCACUACAUUAACGAUACCGACGUCGGCAUCCCCAACAAACCCCACUACAACAGAAACCCCGACAUUUACUCCGCUCCCUUCGACAACAGCACCACCACCAGUACGGCAUCGGUUUCGAAACGUGCAACUGGCAAAACAAUUACUUCUUAGCGUCUGCGACCACUACAUUAACGAUACCGACGUCGGCAUCCCCAACAAACCCCACUACAACAGAAACCCCGACAUUUACUCCGCUCCCUUCGACAAAAGCAGCAACCACAUCCAGUACGCAUCGUACGGCAUCGGCUUCGACAACUACGGAAUCUUCGCAUUCGACUUCCACGACCGAAGCUGCAACGAGCACCACGACAGCAAUAACUUCAACAGCCAAAGGGUCGACAUCAGUUUCAAUGGAAUCGCCUGCGACAUUCAACCACAGUGCCGUCGACGACAGGUGUGUGUAAACUCCAUGGAUUGUGCAUAG